AUGAUUCAAAUAUCUAAUCUAUUUAGAAAGCUUGAUUUUAAUUCUCAGCCAUUUGGCUUUUUUGUUGAAAAAGACGAGAAAAAAAAGAAGACUGAAGUUGGAGGAAUCUUGAGUAUUUCGGCAAUUAUCAUUUCAGCUAUUUACUUGUCAUAUUUGCUCUACUUAUUUUUUGGAAAUCAAAUAAUUCCUAAAAUAACUACCUAGUUAUAAAAUCAAACUACGAAACUCAAUCAGAAUUUCAACAAAAGUAUUUUUGGAAUCACUUAUACCACUUCAGGUUUAACUCCAGAUUAAUUAGAAUAACAAACAGGCAAAGUAUUUUUAACUUACUAAGUGUAAAAAUAAACAUUUUUGUAGGGAAAUUAUGAAUUCAUAGAUCUGAACUUGAUUGAUUGUCCAAAUGAUCCUAACUUUAUAGGAUACAAAUGCAUAGAUUUUAGCAACUAACCAGAUACUUUAAAAGAAUUAUUUACAGAUCCUACUAAUUUGAAUUAAUCAUAUUAUUCUUUGGUUGUUUAGCCUUGCCAAGGGCUUCCUAAUUGUGCAAAUCCAUAAGACAUUGAAAAUUAUAUAAUGCAAGCUACUUUUGUAUUCUUUAUUAAAAUCAGAGUUAAUUAAUUUAAUCAACAAACUCAAUAAAUGGAUGAAACUUUUUUAAUUGAUUUUUUUUAAUUUGAUUAAAAUAUAAGUAUUUUCCACUAAUACUUUUUACAACAAUAAGUUUCUACUUUAAGUUAAGGAUAUUUUAUUUAAGGGUCUGAUACUAGAGUUGACAUUACUAACUAUAGAAAAUCUACUGCCUAUUACUCAUAGCAAAAUCUUUUACAAAAAGCUGGAUUUACUGGAUACGGAUAAUUUUUUUUUAGUUUAGAUUAAAUGCAAAUAAUAACAAAAAUUCAAUUCCCUCUGAUAACAGAAACUCUAUCACAAUUUUUACCAAUAUUUAAUUUUCUCUUAGCUCUAGGGUUUAUAGCUAAAAUAUUUGCUGAAUCUAGAUUAAUAUAGGAUAUCAACAAUGUAUAUUUAAAAUAGUAUUAUAAAUAGACAGCAAUCAAAUUAAUUUCAGAUUAGAAUAAGGACUUGAUUAUCAACAAAGCAUAACUAACAUAAGCUGAAUAUAUAUAACAGUUAAGUAAUGCUAUUAAUAAUGCAAAUUUAAAAAAAAAAUAAAAACCUAAGCAAAAAACUAGUGUCUAAACCCUAAAUAAUGAUAAAAAAGAUAAUUGUUAAUUUGAGAGUGAAAGGUAUUAGCUAAUAUUAGAUUAAACUAAAAAAAAAUUAAAUAUUUCUGAAUUAUACUCUGAUCUAAUUGAGAUAAAAACUGCUAUAAAAUUACUCAUGAGUCCAGAUCAGUAUGCUGCUAUGAAAUUUUGUGGAUGUGAUAUAAGCUUAGCAGGUGUAGAUCUCCAAGAAAAGAAAAAAAAGAGACAAUAAAAUGCAGAGAAAAUUGACAAAGUAUAUCCUUCUCUAAUAACUUCCUUACCCUCUAAAAAUGUAAUCUAAAAAGAAGAACUUAACUUGUAAAUGUUAGACCCAUACGAAAAUAAACUUAGUUAAAAAAUGAAUAGCAAGUAAAAGGAGGAAGGAGUAUUUUCAAACUUAAAAGUUGAGUUAACAUCAAAAAAAAGUAAAUGUGAACAAGAUCUUACAGAUAAUAACAUUUCUUAAUAAUCAAAAAACCAUCUAGAAUAAAUAGAAGAAAUGUUAGCAAAUAAACAAAUUAUGUUCUAAAAAUUACAAAAUUUUAUUGAAAAAGUACAAAACAAAAAUUAAUUAUUAUCAUAAACUGAUAUUAACAUUUAUUCCUCUUUGAUUGGAUAGAACUAUCAAGAUUUGGAUUCAAAUUAAUAUUUUAUAGACAAUAUUAACUCUUGA